AUGCAGUUCAGAACCCUUGCAGUCGUGUUGGCCUCGUUGGCCUUGAGCGAGGCUCAGCCUUUUGGUGGUCCAUACAAUGUACAACAAAAGAGGAGUACUUGGGGCGAGUGGAAUGGGACGUCAAGCACAGAAGCAGUAAGCACGUCCGAUGCAACCACUACUUCAGCAGUCUCUUCAUCGACGCCGCUGGAUCUGAGCAGAGCCUCUGACACCACCACUGUAGCCACGACUACAAGUUCAUCGUGCCAAGAGGGCCUGACGACCAAUGGGGCAGGAACCUGCGUGGCUACGUCUGUGACUACAACCACCACUUCCACAACCUCAGCUUGCGCAGAGACAGAAUCCAAGGAUGACAGCGGUGUUUGUGUUCCCGGCACACCGUUGGGAGGCAUCACAAGCACUGCAUCUGUUGCCAGUACCACAGGUACCACGGUCAGUAGCUCAACUUCUAGCUCGGAUAUGUCCAACUCAACUACUGUUGAUGCCACCAGCAGCACGUCAAACGCAUCGACCACAGCUAGUGUUACUACCACUUCGUCCGAAACUACAGCUGGGGUGACUACAACUUCCCCAACAGCCAACACAACCUGGUCGGCCUGGAACUCGACAACAUCCACUACUACUGCAAACUCAACACCAGUAUCUGGUGAAACUACUGCUCUUCCCAACAGCACCUGGUCGGAAUGGAUACAGACCAGCGGCAGUGUUGUAAUUCCAACAGGCGGACUCAAUGUCAACAUCACAUCUGCACCUGAAACCGAGACCAAGACAGCUGUAAGCACGAGUAUAUACGACAGCACCUUCACAAUUACUAGUGCAGUUGGCGAAUCAACCACUGUCAUCACCAGUACUGUGCAACUGACUAAAACUAUCACAUAUACCAUUACCUUAACCGCAUCUGCCACACCUACCGGCUCGAGAGGCUCUGGAGUAACACCGAUUCCUUCUGGUGAUGCACAAGAACCAACGUCGACCAUUACUAUGACGUCCACAACAACCUUGACCAUUACAUUGUAUCCAGAGAAGUCUGGGACUUCAGUGGCUGGCAGUGGCAAUGUUGUUGUCGCAACAGGAAGUUCCAACGUUGGCACUGGCUCAGGAAUUGGAUCAGGCUCCGGAGCUGAUAGCGAAUCUGACGCUGACAAGACACCAAUGCCCACCACAACCAUUACUGUUGUGCCUACAGGUGCAGCCAAUGCUGGGAAUGGCGCUGGAAGUGGUGCAGGUAUCGGUCGAGGCAGUGGUAAUGGCAAUGGUGGCAGUAGCAGCGACUCAGGAGUCUGCUCUGUGAUUGUCUCUACAACAACCGUAGUUAUCGAUCACACGGUCACCGUCGCGCCGACUGCGUCUCCAUCGCUCGCGCCUUCUUUCCCUGCAGGUAAUGGUACAGAAUAUUCCAAGUUUGCAUCAAGCGGUUUCUUGACCUACGCUAAGCCUACGGGCAAAGACCUGGCAGCGUCGACUGGUUCGGCAUGA